CAUUCCCAGCCCGCCACGGCCCAGAAGACCCAGGCCCAACCGCGUUUGAGGAGUCAACUAUACUUGCCGGGAACGGAAACGCGCACCGAGUCCAGCCCGAACUUUCCUUGCCAUGGCACGCGCUUUUUACCUCCACCGUCCGAAUCGGAAAGAGGACACCUCACGUCACCUACCCUAUAUAAUAACGACCUUCACCACGAGUUUGUCCCCCUUCGCGACCUCGCGGACAGAAGAAGAAGAGAGAAAAAGAAAGAUUCCCCCGAGUUCGCUCUCCGGAAUCCUCCGCCCGCCGCCGCCGCAGUUUAUGGAUUUCGGAAGGAACGCUGCAGCCCGGACUUGUGAAGCCAAGAGCAGCGUCUCCCCCCGUCCCUCCGGUCUGCCCUUCUCACCGGCCCCCUCCACGCCGUGGUUCCGUGAGCUGUGGGUCAACGCCCCCAAAUAACACCCUUCUGCAGAGGUGGAAAUUGGUGGAUUUCUCGAUUGGUUGAAGGAAGUAAAACAAAGGGGACCCACUACCCAGCGUCCUUUCGGCGAGUGUUGGGGUCUUAUCUAUUUAAGCUAAAAUAAGGCCAUUCAAGAAGGCUGUCAACUGUAAACAUGUAUAGGCCGAAGAUCUCCAAUUCGGGGUGGGCUGCUUUCGAUCGCAGGUUGCGUGGCACAGCUGAUGCAGGCGAUGAUGUUGAUGUCAACUCAUUUCCUGCUCUCUCGGGUUCUAGAGGCUCCAGUUCUGCCAGCAGCUCAGCUAUAGGAAAUAAUAAUAUGCCAAAGGCAAAGCCUUUUGCAUCAGUGAUUCGCCCCCCUGUUGAAUUUGCAGUUGUUGGUAAUGAAAACGGAAAUAGGCAUUUGACUGAUCACAUGGUGAGAACAAAUUCUGGUGUAAACUCUGCAUCUGGUAACAAAAUUAAGCUCCUGAAGGAUGCUCAUAGUUGGGCCGACAGUAAUUUAAUUGAGGACAUAUUGGCUGGCGUGGAUAAUGAUGUUGGCCAGGCAUCUGUUUUGCUGAAAUCCAUGGUCGCUCCUGACUUUAUGCCAAGGGGGGAUAGAACAACUGGUCAACCUCCUUUUGAGAUGAAUAAAGCACAUGGUUCAGUGUCAGGAAACACUAUAGCAGAGAAUAAACAUUCAAAUGAAUCACAACUGUUGCCACCGCAAAUGAAUUUAAUCUCUAUACCCCAGGAGCCUGAAUUAGAAGAGUUUGAUGAUGAUUACUUAAACCACCGGAAAGAUGCAUUGAAGAUGAUGAGGGCUGCCACAAAGCAUUCUCAGGCUGCCAGCAAUGCAUUCUUCAGAGGUGACCAUGCUGCUGCCAAGGAACUCUCCCUCAGAGCUCAAGAAGAGUGGUUGGCUGCUGAAAAGUUAAAUAAUAAGGCAGCAGAAGAAAUAUUUCAUCUCAGGAACAGCAACAAUAACAUUUGGAAGAUAGACAUGCAUGGUCUACAUGCAUCAGAGGCUGUAACUGCAUUGGAGAGGCAUCUUCACAUGUUAGAGUUCCAGCCACCAGGGAAUAAUCCAACUUCAACUGAUGAAUUAGAUAAGUCUGAACCCACAAUUGCUGUCCCAAAUGAGGUGGCAGCAGAGAAAGUGGUGGUGUUUCUUCGCCCUAGACAGUCUGUCUUAGAGGUGAUCACAGGGAUUGGCAGGCACAGCAAAGGACAGGCUUCACUGCCUGCUGCAGUCAGGGGCUUCCUUAUUGAAAAUGGGUACCGAUUUGAGGAGCUGAGGCCUGGUGUUUUCUCUGUCCGCCCUAAAUUUCGCCGCGGGUAAACCUGUGCAAGACUGAAACCAUUCCAUCAAGUUCCGUUGUUCGGCAAAUAAAUUUCUGUGAAAUGUGCUGUCAACGAAAUAGAACGUAGAAACUUGGGCAACUUGUAGUUCGUGUAUCUUGAAUGUGGGAACUAGGCGUCGACCAGUUGGCUAGUGAUGCGCUACCAGCUGCGCGCCCAGCCUUUCACCAUCGUCCGAGCCUUGUGUUCCGCAGGGUGCGUGCCUGAUUUUAGUUUUUCUUAAUAAAUUGUCGUAGGGGCUAGUCCGUAUGGGUCUCCUUUUUUGUUGUAUCUUGAAUGUAACAAGUUUUACAGAUACUAAUGUUAUUGUGUAGCCACCUGACAAGAGAUGCAUAAUUGUAUGUAACUAUAUACAGGAUGACAAUCAAGGCCACAAUGUACUGUUAUUUUUGCUUA